CUUGUGUCGUGGCUCCUUCCCCUGACGGAAAAGGUCCCUUAGGCCACUUGGAUCUAGCCUCAACCGUCUCUUCUACAUGACCACACAGUGGCGUUAAGGCAGCAGCUAGUGGCUGACGGACGAGUCUUGCUUGCCAUGAUUCGAAUUGUUACUUGGAUUCACGUAACAGUCUCCACCCACCCAUUUUCGUUGCUGGACGUUAUCCCUUAACAAAGAUGUCCGCACGCCGCACAGCUGCCCGGUCUAUUCCCAUAACAAAAGUAGUGACACCAGGGACGCUUGGCACCUGCGCAGUAGCAGCGGUGCGUCAAUGCGCAUGUGCAUAGACAGUGACGGACGGUUUUGCGCUUGCAUAGCAGCAGCCAGACGCCUCUAUGUACGCAUGCGCGUCUGGCUGCCUGUUACUGUAGGUACUGUACUCCACGUUUCCCGUGAUGCCCCGGGUUUCUUAGCCAGUGGCAUGUCAUCAUCAUAGCGCCUGCUACGUAAUGGUGGCUGAGUGUGGGGAGAAGGAGUAGGGAGCACUCCUCUGAACAGCUUGUGGGGAGCGUUCUUAUAUCAGUACCCCACCAGAAUCAAAGUCCAUUCCCCAGUCAUCAGGAUGGACAGUGACAGGAGUCACAUGACUGAGAGAAUACUAAACCACACCCUGGAGAUCAUCUUCUUGCUGACCGGAGAGGAUUAUGUACCAUUGAAGAAGUACAGUGAAUGUGAAAGACCCAGCAGCAGCCGUCCCUAUGUGUCAGAAGGACUGGGCAGGACCCAGAUCCCAAUCGCUGAGCCUCCACCUCACUCACUGACACAUGACAGAUACAAUGAGCAGAAUGUCCUGGAAAUCAUCAACAAGAUCAUUCAGCUGCUGACUAGAGAGGUUCCUAUAAGGUGUCAGGAUGUCACUGUCUAUCUCUCCAUGGAGGAGUGGGAGUAUGUAGAGGAACACAAGGAUCUGUACAAGGACGUGAUGAUGGAUAAUCACCAACCACUCACAUCAUUGGAUAAAUCCAGCCAUGUUGGCUCGCCAGGGAGAUGCACCAGCCCUCUCUCCGCAGAGCUUUGUAAGCAAGAAGAGACUGACCUCUCCGAGCAGAAGAAAGACACUGUAAAUGCAGGAAUUGGAUCACAGCCUGAAGAUGAGGAGAUGAUGAACAUUAAAGAGGAGGAGAUUGCUGCAGAUAUCAGUGAAGCUGCUGGAUACAGUGGGAACACCACAGGGAUGUAUCGUGUUCAAUCUCCAAAGUGUGAAAUGAAGGGUGCUGAUACACACUAUUCCUCUGGAAAAUACCCAGAUGUCCCAAACACACUUCCAAGUUCUGAGGCGUCAACUAAUGGAUCAGUAAUCUCAACUUUCUCUAACCACCCGGAGAGCGGUGCACCUGGGACAGUCAGUCCUGAAACUGAAAACUUUAUUUGCAGUGGAGACAGAUUUCCCACAAAACUGCAGCUUACAUCACACCAGAAGAUUCACACAGGAAGGAAGCCUUUUCUUUGCGAUGAAUGUGGGAAAGGCUUUACCCGUAAAUCAGUUCUUGUGAACCAUACGAGGCUUCACACAGGAGAAAAACCAUACGCUUGCUCUGCAUGUGGGCAAACGUUUAUCAGCAAUGGGCAAUGCAUUAGACAUGAGAGACUUCACACAGGGGAAAAGCCUUAUGUGUGCAACGUAUGCGGAAAAGGAUUCACUCGUAACUUCAGUCUUCUAGAACACAAGAGAAUUCACACAGGAGAGAAACCAUAUCCCUGUACAGAAUGUGGAAAGAGCUUUACAUCCAACUCUCAUCUCAUGAAACAUAUAAAAUAUCACAGAGGGGAGGCGCCUUAUGUGUGUUUAGAUUGUGGGAAACGGUUCAUUAGCAAUGGGUUGCUUGUUAUACAUCAGAGAACCCACACAGGAGAGAGGCCGUUUGUCUGUCCGGACUGUGGAAAGGCUUUUGCCCGUAAUUUCAGCCUCCAAGAGCACAUGCGGAUUCACUCGGGGGAAAAACCAUUUAAAUGCAAAGAAUGUGGGAAACGGUUCACAAGUAAUUCCCAUCUGAGCAAGCAUCAGAAAAACCACAGAGGUGAGAAACCACACGCAUGUCCCGACUGUGGGAAGAGGUUCAUCUGUAAUGCCCUUCUCAUAAUACACUACAGGAGUCACACUGGCGAGAAACCGUUUGUUUGUAAUGAGUGUGGAAAAUGCUUUUCCAAAAAAGGUACCCUUGUCAGACAUCAGAGAAUUCACACCGGGGAAAAGCUCUUUGUCUGUGUCGAUUGUGGGAAAGGGUUUGCCCAUGCCUCAAUUCUGCUAGCUCAUCGGCGGAUUCACACCGGAGAAAAGUCUUUUGCGUGUCCUGAUUGUGGGAAGCGAUUCAACAAAAAAUCCCAGCUGGUUGUGCAUCAGAAAAAUCACACGGGGGAGGAGCCUUAUGCCUGUUCCCUAUGUGAGAAAAGCUUCACAACUAAAAGAAGUCUUGUUACGCAUCAGAGAAUCCACAAAGGAGGGAAGAUGUUAAGCUUCACCAGUAACUCAAAGCUCAUUAUCCACCAGCGAACUCACACGGGAGAGAAACCAUUUAUGUGCUCGGAGUGCGGGAAGGGAUUUAUCAGUAACUCCGACCUGAUUAUUCAUAAGAAACUUCAUGAGGAAAAAACCGAUCUCAUGGUGAGAGGCAUAAAGAAGAAGAAGGCCAAGACCAAGCCGGACGCGACCCCGUCUCCUGCGGCCCGUCACUCGUCAGAUCUGCGUCAGUUCUUAACUCAGCAGACCUCGGACCCAGCCGCCUCCUCUGCCGUCCGGGCCUCUCCGAUUUUGCAUACCCCGGUGGAGGAGUUGUCGUCCUCCAGGAACCGGCUUCCUCCUAUGGCUUCCUCUUCGACCGCUGAGAUUAGCGAGAUCCUGUCGCAUGUUAGAUCUCUUCCCACGAAACAGGAUUUUUCAACCUUAGAGUCUCGCUUGCUGUCCACCAUCAAGCAGGAAGUGACAGCGCUUCGACAAGAUAUGUCUCAAAUUGCGGACCGUGUGGACAUAUUGGAACGACACGAGACAUCCAGCGUUGACACUCUUACCAAAUUUCGGGAGGUGCUUUCUCAUCAGCGGAGCGACAUAUCUUUUCUCAAAUCACGUAUUGAGGAUAUGGAUAAUCGCGGCCGGCGAAAUAAUAUCAGGGUCAGGGGUCUCCCUGAGAGCGUCCAACAGGCUGAUCUGACGAACGCCUUAACUGCAAUAUUUGGAGAACUUAUCGAUCUGGACUCUAACAAGGACAUCGUAUUUGAUAGGGCACAUCGUGCUCUCCGUCCCCGCGGCAUACCAUCCGACAAGCCGCGAGACGUGAUUUGCAGGCUCCACUACUAUGUCCAGAAGGAGGAGAUAAUGAGAAAGGCCCGUCAGCUGGAUGGUGUUGAUUUUCAAGGCGAAAGGAUUCAGUUAUUUCCGGAUCUCGCAUGGUCGACUCUACAACAACGCCGAGCCUUGAAACCCCUCACCGAUUCCCUUCGGAAACUGGAACUGAAAUACAGAUGGGGCUUCCCUUUUUCUCUUCAGGUCACUCUUAAUGGCAACGUAGCUACCGUUUCCAGACCCUCGGAGCUUCCGGCCUUCUUCACGACCCUAGGCAUACCACCAGUCCUAUUACCUGAUUGGGAGGCCUUUCAUCACCAGCCUGACAUGCCUACCGUGACCCCUCCAGAUGAUAUGUGGCGGCAACCUUCCUUUCUAUCUUCGGUCCUGGAAACAGCUGAGCCUCUCCUUGAAGGAGUGAUAGUGAUGGGAGGCGACUUAAAUUGGACUCUUGAUCCCCUUCAUGACACCUCUAAAAUGAUCUCCUAUAGGCCGGAGAGGGAGUACAGGAGGGUGAGACGCACCUUGCUCGACCACCAGCUGAUCGAUACAUGGAGACUGACGCAUCCUGCCGAGGUAGAUUAUUCCUUUUUUUCGCACCCACAUCAGACAUAUUCCAGGAUUGAUUACUUGUUCCUGAGCCACCAACACCUACAUCUUCUUUCUGACGCAUCUAUUGGACAAAUUGUAUGGUCGGACCAUGCCCCUGUUAACCUUACAAUACACCUCCCGUCUUGUACACGUCGCCAAUGGUCUUGGCGUUUUAAUGAUACGUUUUUACAAGAUGCGACGUGUCGCUCUCAAAUUGACUCCGCCUUAGACUCCUAUAUCGGUACUAAUGAUCUAGAUGAUAUCUCCAAGGUCUCAGUGUGGGAAGCACAUAAAUGCGUCAUAAGGGGGGUUUGUGUCCAGAUAGGCACAUUUCGUAAAAAACAAAGAGAAAAACUUAGAGAUGAUUUAUUGUCUAAGAUAAAAUCUCUCGAACUUUUACAUAAGAAAUUCCAAACCCCACAACAUUACUCUGAUCUUGACAAUGCUAGGGCUGAUUUGAAUAAAUUGCUUUCUGAUAGAGUAAAAUUUUCAUAUCGGAAGUGCCGCAGCAGAUACUACCAAUGGGGCAACAAACCUGGGAAACUAUUGGCCAAAGCUCUUAGAGAGCAACGUGCACUCACCUUUAUUCAUUCUAUUAAAGAUAGUCGCGGACAACCCCAACACGAGACACUCCACAUUGCCAAGGCCUUUCGGACCUUCUACUCCACUUUAUACAAUCUUUCUGGGCCUUCUGGACGGACAGAUAGGCUAUCUCACCGAGCAGCUAUAUCUGACUACUUAAGGACUCUAGACUUCCCGUCAAUGUCCAAAGAUGAGAUAGACGGUUUGGAAGCCCCCUUUUCUUAUGAGGAGGUUGCUAAAGUUAUUGAUUCCUCACCCAACGGCAAAAGUCCUGGCCCUGAUGGGUAUACUAUUGCCUAUUAUAAGGCUUUCAAGGAGAAAUUAACCCCUCUUCUCACGAGAGCCUUUAAUACUAUAUCAGAACACUCACAUUUCUCCCCACAAUCCCUUGAAGCCCAUAUUAUAGUUUUACCCAAAGAGGGCAAAGAUCCCAGUCUCUGCUCUAGCUACCGGCCGAUCUCGCUACUGAAUAUAGACAUAAAACUCUUUGCCAAAUUAAUUGCAAAUCGCCUCAAAACAUUAUUGCCCGGUUUGAUUCAUGGAGACCAGGCCGGAUUUGUCUUAGGCCGAGAGGCCAGAGACAACACCUCUAAAGUGCUUAAUAUGAUUCACUACGCUGGCCGGGCUUCGUCCCCCUCGAUCCUGCUGUCGACCGAUGCUGAAAAAGCUUUUGACAGGGUGGACUGGGACUUCCUGUCUGGCGUCUUGAGGCAUCUAGGGCUUGGCAACGCCUGUCUCCAUAGAAUCUUAUCUCUUUAUACUUCACCAUCUGCUAAAAUUAGGGUUAAUGGCUACCUAUCCGAUUCCUUUUCAAUCUCCAAUGGCACACGACAGGGCUGCCCACUAUCCCCGCUACUUUUUGUUCUAUGCAUGGAAGCUUUGGCCAGAAGCAUUAGGGCUAACCCCAACGUCUCUGGUUUGGUGGUGAGGGGGACCGAAUACAAAUUGGCUUUAUAUGCCGACGACUUACUCGCUUUAAUCUCGAAUCCGGUCACCUCACUACCGAAUCUGAUGUUUGAAUUUGAUAAGUUCGGAGCCCUUUCUAAUUUUAAGAUAAAUUAUUCCAAAUCUAUUGCCAUGAACCUGACCACCUCCCCCGAAUUGGGUUGUGGGUGGGUGGUGCACAAAGGAAGCAUGAAGUGGGGGUUAAUGGUGCACAAAGGAAGCAUUAAGUGGGGGUUGAUGGUGCACAAAGGAAGCAUUAAGUGGGGGUUGAUUGUGCACAAAGGAAUCACGAAGUGGGGGUUGAUGGUGCACAAAGGAAGCACAAAGUGUGGGUUGAUGGUGCACAAAGGAAGCACAAAGUGUGGGUUGAUGGUGCACAAAGGAAGCACAAAGUGUGGGUUGAUGGUGCACAAAGGAAGCACAAAGUGUGGGUUGAUGGUGCACAAAGGAAGCACAAAGUGUGGGUUGAUGGUGCACAAAGGAAGUACGAAGUGUGGUUUGGUGGUGCACAAAGGAAGCAUUAAGUGGGGGUUGGUGGUGCACAAAGGAAGCAUGAAGUGGGCAUUUGUGGAGCACAAAAGAAGCACGAAGUGGGGAUUUGUGGAGCACAAAGAAAGCACGAAGUGGGGAUUGGUAGAGCACAAAGGAUGCACGAAGUGUGAGGUUGGUGGUGCACAAAGGAAGCACGAAGUGUGGGUUGAUGGUGCACAAAGGAAGCACGAAGUGUGGUUUGGUGGUGCACAAAGGAAGCAUGAAGUGGGGGUUAAUGGAAUCACGAAGUGGGGGUUGAUGGUGCACAAAGGAAGCACAAAGUGUGGGUUGAUGGUGCACAAAGGAAGCACAAAGUGUGGGUUGAUGGUGCACAAAGGAAGCACAAAGUGUGGGUUGAUGGUGCACAAAGGAAGUACGAAGUGUGGUUUGGUGGUGCACAAAGGAAGCAUGAAGUGGGGGUUGGUGGUGCACAAAGGAAGCAUGAAGUGGGGGUUGGUGGUGCACAAAGGAAGCAUGAAGUGGGCAUUUGUGGAGCACAAAAGAAGCACGAAGUGGGGAUUUGUGGAGCACAAAGAAAGCACGAAGUGGGGAUUGGUAGAGCACAAAGGAUGCACGAAGUGUGAGGUUGGUGGUGCACAAAGGAAGCACGAAGUGUGGGUUGAUGGUGCACAAAGGAAGCACGAAGUGUGGUUUGGUGGUGCACAAAGGAAGCAUGAAGGAGCAUCUUGUAUCAGUCAUCCCACCAGGAUCAGAGCCCAUUCCCAGGUCUUCAGGAUGGACAGUGACAGGAGUCACAUGACUGAGCGGAUACUAAACCUCACCCUGGAGAUCAUCCACCUGCUGACUGGAGAGGAUUAUGUACCAUUGAAAAAGGACAGUGAAUGUAAGACAACCAGCAGCAACCGUCUCUAUGUGUCAGGAGGACCGAGCAGGACUCUGAGUUCCACCACGGAUCCUCCACCUCAGCCACAGAUACAGCAGAGAGACUGUGACCAGAAGCUCCUGAGACUCACCAGCAAGAUCAUUCAGCUGCUGACUGGAGAGGUUCCUAUAAGGUGUCAGGAUGUCACUGUCUAUCUCUCCAUGGAGGAGUGGGAGUAUUUAGAGGGACACAGCGAUCUAUACAAGGACGUGAUGAUGGAGAAUCACCAACCACUCACAUCACUGGAUAAAUCCAGCCAUGUUGGCUCACCAGGAAGAUGCACCAGCCCUCUCUCCGCAGAGCUUUGUAAGCAGGUGACUGACCUCUCGGUGCAGUUUCAGCCUCACCUGAGAUGUAGCAGUAAUGAUGAAGUAUCGCAAAGUGGGGGGAGGUGUAAAAUGAAGAAAGACCUAAACAUUGUAAAAGCAGGAAUUGGAUCACAGUCUAAAGACGAGGAGAUGGUGAACAUUAAAGAGGAGGAGAUUGCUAUAGAUAUCAGUGAAGCUGCUGGAUACAGUGGGAACACCGCAGGGAUGUUUCAUGUUCAAGCUCCAAAGUGUGACAUGAACGGUGCUGAUGCACACUUUUCCCCUGCAAAAUACCCAGAUGUCCCAAACAAACUACCAAGUUCUGAGGCGUCAACUAAUGAGUCAGUACACUUAAGUUUCUAUAACCACCCGGAGAAUGGUGCACCUGGCACAGUUUGCGCUGAAACUGAAAACUGUAUUUGCAGCGAGUGUGGAGACAAAUUUCCCACCAAACGGCAACUUACAUCACACCAGAAGAUUCACACAGUAGGGAAGCCUUUUCUCUGCUCUGAAUGUGGGAAACGCUUUACCCGCAAUACAGUUCUCGUGAACCAUAUGAGGCUUCACACAGGAGAAAAACCAUAUGCUUGCUCUGCUUGCGGGCAAAGGUUUAUCCGCAAUGGGCAACGCAUUAGACAUGAGAGACUUCACACAGGAGAAAAGCCUUACGUGUGUAACAUAUGCGGAAAAUGUUUCAACCGUAAGACCAGUCUUGUAGAACACACGAGAAUUCACACAGGAGAGAAACCUUAUCCCUGUACAGAAUGCGGAAAGAGCUUUACAACCAACUCUCAGCUCGUUAAACAUAUAAAAUAUCACAGAGGGGAGAAACCUCAUGUAUGUUUAAAUUGUGGGAAACGGUUCAUUAGCAAUGGGUUGCUUGUUAUACAUCAGAGAAUUCACACAGGAGAAAAGCCUUUUGUAUGUCCGGACUGUGGAAAGGCUUUUGCCCGUAAUGCCAUUCUCCAAGAGCACAUGCGGAUUCACUCAGGGGAAAAGCCCUUUGAAUGCAAAGAAUGUGGAAGGCGGUUCACAAGUAAUUCACAUCUGGGCCAGCAUCAGAAAAACCACAGAGGUGAGAAACCACACGUGUGUCCUGAUUGUGGGAAGAGGUUCGUCUGUAAUGCCCUUCUCAUAAUACACUACAGAAGUCACACUGGCGAGAAACCGUUUGUUUGUAAUGAGUGUGGAAAAUGCUUUGCCAAAAAAGGUACCCUUGUCACACAUCAGAGAAGUCACACCGGGGAAAAGCUCUUCGUCUGUACCGAUUGUGGGAAAGGCUUUGCCCAAGGCUCGGAUCUAGUAGCUCAUCGGCGGAUUCACACCGGAGAAAAACCUUUUGUGUGUCCUGAGUGUGGGAAGACAUUCGCUCAAAAAUCCCAACUGGUCGUACACAAGAAAUAUCACACGGGGGAGAAGCCUUAUGCCUGCUCUGUGUGUGAGAAAAGCUUCACCAUUAAGGGGAGUCUCGUCACUCACCAGAGAACUCACACCGGAGGAAAGAUGUUCAUGUGUUCCGAGUGCGGCAAAAGCUUCACCAGUAACUCAAAGCUCAUUAUCCACCAGCGAACUCACACGGGAGAGAAACCAUUUAUGUGCUCGAAGUGCAGGAAGGGCUUUAUCAGUAACUCCGACCUGAUUGUACAUAAGAAACUUCAUGAGGAAAAAUAAUAAACGUGCACGCACAUAUGCCAAUGGUGAAAA